AAGAGAGAGAGAGGGAGAGAGAGAGAGAGAUCGGCUGAAACGUGACUAGGCGGUUAAGUGGGUGUUAUGCAACGAGCGACCUACUAACACAUAUCCUCACUAUUCCUGGCAAUGAGGGGAGGAUGCGAGAUGACAACAACACGGCAGCGCCCAGAUGACAGGCACAGAAGGUGAGCUCCACUGCCCACAGCCAGGGCCAACAGCAAGGCAGCCACCUCUACCAAUAUUCACACAGGCGUGUAUCUACUGCACUGACACAGCAGCAGCAGCAGCGGUGCACAACGUGGAUGCUUUGUGCAAAUUCUUAUCAGAAGGUCUACUGAAGGAAGGUGGCUCCAGUUCCCAAUGUCAGGACACAAGUCGGUGACUUAGCGGGAGGGGGAAGCCUGCACGCUGCCUACCCAUGGAAUCGGGCUACUACUCCGAGAUGGAGAACGUGGAUUCAGCCACGGGCCACGUGUCGGACUCGGCCGCGGACCCCCAGGGCCAGGGGGGGUUGCAGAGGAGCAGGGGGGGCCGCAGCCGGUCGGGCGGAUCCGGGGGCCGCAGGAAGCGCGAGUUCAUCUCGGACGAGAAGAAGGACGCCAGCUACUGGGAGAAGAGGCGCAAGAACAACGAGGCGGCCAAGCGGUCGCGGGAGAAGCGGCGCAUCAGCGACCUGGUGCUGGAGAACCAGGUGUUGGCGCUGAACCAGGAGAACGUUAACCUCAAGUCCGAGCUGCUGGCCCUCCAGCUGAGGUUCGGCCUCAUCAGCACCGCCGUCUACUCCGAGAAGAGCCGGCAACUGGCCAGCGAGGCAGUCAGCUCCAUCUGCACCACCCCUUACUCCACCGGUCCCACCCUGCUCCUCCAGUCCGACUCGUCCGAGGCCGAGCACUCCAGCCGAAGCAGCGGCUUCACCCCCAUCAGCAAGUACUCGCCCCGAGGCUCCCUCUCGGAUGUGUCCAACACCUCGCUCAGCGCCGGCAACAGCCCCGAGCCCACGGUGUUAGUGGACACCAAGCGAGACAACUCCAUGGACAGGGACAGAGAGAGGGACAGGGACAGAGACAGAGACAGAGAGAGGGACAGAGACAGAGAGAGGGACAGAGACCCCUUCAUCAAGGAGGUCAUGAAUGGUCAGGUGGUCUUUGAUGCCUCCGAGCCCACAUCGUUCGUGAGGGGCAGCUACGACGAGAUCGGGUUCGUCAGUUACAAGGAGCCGGCCAAGUACAACCACUUGACCAGGGACAUCAUUCAGUUCGGGUGCCUGGAAGGAACGGGCCCUUAUCCCGCACGGCGGGGAGAUUACCGGGUCCCCUCUGGCCAUGGGGACCACGGGGUGGACUUGCCGCUGAGAGCGGGGCGCACUCUUCCCACUGACCCACUCCCAGCCCCGUCCCAGCGGUACUACCCCACUGAGGCUCCGGUCCCUGAGAAGCAAGCCGCCCAGCUGGGGUACCUCCACCACGCCCAGAACACGGCUGGUGAGCUGGUGAACCGCUUCAACGUCCAGAACCCAGAUGAAGUCCCACCUCCUCACCCCGCAAACUUCUCCAUUGGGAAGCAGGAGGUUCCCUGCUCUGUUAUCGAGGCCCCACCAGGGUCGGACCAGGGCAUGGUGCCACCCGUCAACGUACCAGCCUGCACCCUCUCCGAAGGCUCGGACAGCGAUAGCCAGGAGAGAGGGGACAGGCACGGCCGUGUGGUUGGGGCCCACUCUGACCCCAGCCAGGCACGCAAGAGGACGGCCCUGCCUCACAAGCUCCGGCUGAAGGUCCGAGCCAUCCAGGGCAGCGGGCAAGAGAGCAGGCAGGACCAUCGAGAUCACAGCAGCGCCCCACUGCAGCGGCAAUUCAGCUUCCACCGGAGCGGAUGCAUCGUGAAGAGGUGCGUUCCCGCAUGCGGCAAGGGCGACCCUUGGAGCGAGACGGGACUUCUAGCUGCGACAGGGCGGCAGUGGCAGGGUGGGCUUCCGAGGCAGUUUGAGGAAGACCCUUCCAAAGGCUCCACCCAUCUCCCGAGGUCCGUGGACUCUGUAGCUGGCUACAAGGCCCUUGAAGGGAACGCUGUGGAGUCAAAUGAGGAAUGUCCACUCCAUGCUGAGCGGAACAGUGCAACCAGCUCCACCGAAGGUCAGCUCAUGUAGAGGUGGGAAACAAGGUCUGACUGUCCGGGACUACUACAAUGUAUCUCCCUCUAGCUGGGUAGCAGCAGCAUGAUGAUAUACAAGGAUGGCCUCCACACACACAUUCCAACACUGGAGUUGCUUUCUGGACAAGAGAUGGUGCAUCAAUAUCCUCUAACCUUUCAGGGAUUCACUCACACUGAGAUUCACUAUAAAUGCAAAAUGAGCCAAUACCCACAUUAGGCAUGUUCUGAUGGGGUUGUUCCAACACAGAGGUGAUUCAGGUAGACAACCUGGCCCCUUGUGUCCAAUUAGUUCCUGGUCGGAUCUGUAAUGAUCCAAAUCCCAAAGCAGGAAGGCCAGGGUGUUGAGGCGUGGACUCCGAGUGCAAUAGUCCGUACACUGUCCGUACUUAUCCCACCCUUCACUCCUGGAGGUCAGUUUGGUUAGUUUAGUUUUAGUUUAGAGAUACAGCGGAUAAAGCCCUUCGGCCCACCGAGUCCGUACCGACCAGCGAUCCACAUCCUCUAGAACUAUCCUACACACACCCACACUCAC